UACGCCUAGUUGUCCUCCGCUUUUGCCGUGUGUGCUGUGGGCACGGCCUGGGUGAGUGAGUUGCGUCGAAGAAAAUAAACAAGAAUCGAGCAGCGCAAUGUCAAAAUGAAACGAUCAGCAGCACAGAUUGAGCGCAGCAAGCAGCAGGCCUACGGCGAAGGCGGUGCGGACGGCUCCCGGGGCAGCCGAAGCAAGCACGGGCUCCCAAGAUGGUUGCACCGGGCUCCGUAACGACGCCCAUCCGUCGCUUCGUGCGGACCUCAACCCGGCGACGGUCGAAAGCUGCUUCUGAUGUAGCCCAUCAUUCAAACAGGCCAGUGUCCGAUUAGGCUUAGGCGUAUUGCGGCUUGGCACACGGAGCGUUCGUCCGGACGCGCGGGGAAGUUGCCUCUAGGCCCCGCCGGAGAGACUGCCGCGAGCGACGACCUAAAGCUUGCAUAGGAGGGCCGCGGCGUUGCGUCGGCCCAACGAAGCAGCCCCAAGAUGUGGAACAUGAUGUGCGAUGUGAUGCCGACCAUUUCGGAGGACAGCAUCGCCCAGCGGAGCGGACAGUUCUCCGGCGAUGAAGCAAACUUUGAGCAGCUCAUGGUCAACAUGUUGGACGAGCGGGAUAAGCUCAUGGAGACGCUGCGAGAGACGCAGGAGACGCUCACAAAUACGCAGCAAAAGCUUUCGGAGGUUGAGAAGGAGCGCGAUUCGCUGCAGAGGCAGUUGCAGGCCAACUUGCCACAGGAAUUUGCAACAAUCACCAAAGAGCUUAACCAUGCAAGAGAGCAGCUUUUGGAAAAGGAUGAGGAGAUACAGGAGUUAAAAGCAGAACGAAACAACACCCGGUUGCUGCUGGAGCACCUGGAAUGCCUAGUGUCUCGGCAUGAAAGGUCGCUACGCAUGACCGUGGUAAAACGGCAAGCCCAGUCACCAGCUGGUGUCUCUUCUGAGGUGGAAGUGCUCAAAGCUCUCAAGUCACUGUUCGAGCACCACAAGGCACUUGAUGAGAAGGUGAGAGAACGAUUGAGGGUGGCAUUGGAACGUGUCAGCACCUUGGAAGAAGAGCUUAACAAAGCAAAUGAAGAGAUUACCCAAUAUAAGACCAAAGGUGUGCCAAUAUCGGAUGACAGGAAAUGUGGGGAUGGGCCUAUAGAAAACUCUUUACAUGUCAACAAGGUGUCUAAUGGUACUGCGGACGCUGUGGAAGAAGCAUGCAAACUGGUGGAGCUGCAGGAACUCGUGGAGAAGCAGGCAGCAGAGCUUGCAGUGGCGCGCAGCCGGCUCAACGAGCUGCUGCCACGGGUGCGUGAGCUAGAAGAAGCACUGGCCCAGGCACAAAAGGAGGUCACUCGGAUGAAGGAGGAGAAUGCCCGACUUGCAAGGGACCUUAAGGAGAACAAUGCACAGAAGGAAGACCAAGAAGAGAGGAUAUCAACGUUGGAGAAGCGUUGUCUCAAUGCCCAACGUGAAUCGGUCUCGCUGCACGACCUGAACGAAAAGCUUGAGCAAGAACUUGCUAACAAGGAAGCACAGCUGAAAUUGAGUGAAGAAAAAAUUAAAGCUCUCCAAGAACGCCUGGAAUUGGCUGAACAAAAGCUUGCACAGUUUGCCAAAAAGGAGACAGAUGUGGAUGUUUCCUCAAUUAUUGCUCAUGAGAAGCAUGGUUCCAUGGAGGACACAGUCAGUCGACUGGAGCAGCAGCUCGAAGAGAAAGCCGGGGAGCUGAUGCGGGCUCGCCAGCGGGAAAAGAUGAAUGACGACCACAACCAGAAGCUGUCGGCAACAGUGGACAAGCUCCUGGCAGAGAGCAAUGAUCGACUGCAGAUGCACCUCAAGGAGCGCAUGCAUGCCCUGGACGAGAAGAACAUGUUGUCACAGGAGCUGGAGCGCACACGCAAAGUCCUUGACGAGACCCAGGGAGAGAAGGAAAAAAUCUUUGAAGAGCUCUCCAAGGUCAGGGCAGAGAUGGAGAUGAUCCGGCGGGACGUCCAGAACUACAGGACUGAGUCUCUUUCAAGGGUUACUUCAGCACGGAGCCUUGCACAUCACUCACCCCUUUCUCCACAACGAGGAGGAAGCAGCGUGUUGUCACCGCCAUCAAUGGUGGGUCUGGCACCACCGUCUACCUCGGAGGCAACUUCGGGGGUGGUCUCGUCAGUGGACGCUUUCCGUUCCACCUUGUCUGUUGGUGGGGGAGGCCUGGACAUCAGCUCGGGCCCACCCACCACACCGAGCACCCAGCAUCGCACUCUGCCGCGAGUUCGACGUCGAUCCCUUGACGAAGACCCCGGCAAGGGCCUAGGUGACUCUGAGUGGGACAAGGUGGUUCCGGGCGGUGGUGGCAGUGGCCUGGACGGAGGGGUCAGCGACCCUGAGUGCAGUCCCACGGAGGAGGACGAUGAGGAUGGGGCUGGAGUGGGCAUGCUGGACAGCAUGGACCACUUGCUGUCACCAGUAGGGCACCACUCAGAUGCUCAAGCACUGGCGCUAAUGCUGCAGGAACAGCUGGAUGCCAUCAACAAUGAAAUACGGCUGAUUCAGGAGGAGAAACAAAACACGGAGCAGCGUGCUGAGGAGCUAGAGUCACGUGUUGGCAGCAGCAGCCUCGAGCCCCUGGGGGGCUUGCUGUCACGAGGACGCUCCUUUGACCGAGGUUCACCACCCCUCAGUGGACGGUCCACACCACCUUCUUCUGCUGGCCCACCACCUCACCACAGCCCCCAGCGGGAGUACCUGCCGAAGUACCACACUGUACCAGCAUCCUUGGAGGUACGAGAUGACCGGCUGUUAAGGAGAGAGACAAGUCCGCCAACACCGCGGUCGAUGCGCAUUGACCGAGUAGCCCAAGCUCUGGCACAGAGCUCGGAAGAGCUGCGAAGGUCCUUUGGGCCAUCUCUGUCACAGCACGCUGCUUUGGGCGGCAGCCCUGCUUGUCUGUCGGGCAUCCCGCCAGAUGCUUUGCUCAGGGUUACCAUGGACGGGGGCCCCAGUUCACUCAGUGCUCAGUCUCCACUGAGCUCUACCAACUCUUCCCAAGACUCGCUCAAUAAAGCGGCCAAGAAGAAAGGCAUCAAGUCUUCACUGGGCCGCUUCUUCAGCAAAAAAGACAAGGUCAAAGGGAAAGAUCCUUAUGGACAGGAGUAUGGCAUGUCUGGGGGCAUCUAUAUGGACAGUGAUAUUUGUGGGAGUGACACAGGAACCCUCUCUCUGGCGGGAGGAACAUUGGGGCCAAAAACUGAGGUGGAUCGGCGUACAAAGAAAAAGCACGAGCUAUUGGCAGAGGCAAUGAAAGCAGGCACUCCAUUUGCAUUAUGGAAUGGGCCCACUAUUGUUGCUUGGCUUGAGCUUUGGGUGGGCAUGCCAGCAUGGUAUGUGGCCGCAUGCCGUGCAAACGUGAAGAGUGGGGCCAUCAUGUCAGCGUUGUCAGACACCGAGAUUCAACGUGAGAUUGGCAUCAGCAACCCACUUCACCGGCUCAAGUUGCGCCUUGCCAUUCAGGAGAUGGUUGCCCUUACCAGCCCCUCGGCUGCGAAACCUGCUCGCACGAGCCUGGCAUUUGGAGAAAUGAACCACGAGUGGAUCGGCAACGAAUGGCUGCCCAGCCUGGGGCUGCCCCAGUACCGGUCCACCUUCAUGGAGUGCCUGGUGGACGCCCGCAUGCUUAGCCACCUCUCCAAGAAAGACCUUCGGGUGCACCUAAAGAUGGUUGACAACCUGCACAGAACAAGUCUUCAAUGCGGCGUGAGCUGUCUCAAGCGAGUCAACUACGACAAGCAAGAGCUAGCAGAAAGGAGGAAAAACAGUGAUAAUGAAACAAAAGAUGUGGUGGUGUGGUCCAAUGAGCGGGUGAUCAAGUGGGUGAACAGUGUAGGGCUGCGCGAGUACUCCAACAAUCUGCUCGAGUCAGGGGUGCAUGGAGGGCUCAUCGCCCUCGACGACACUUUCGACCACUCCGCAUUGGGCCUGGCUCUGCAGAUACCUACACAAAACAUUCAGGCACGGCAGCUACUUGAGCACGAGUUUAGUAGCCUCCUUAUCAUGGGGACCGAAAGGAGACCAGAUGACGGACCCAAGCACAUGGGCGCUGCGCUGCCAGGUCUUCAGGGAGACCGACUUGUAUGAUGGGCUCCCACGGAAAGAAAGCAUAAAGUUCUUUUUCCUUCAAUCCAAGACCUUCAAGGAAGAAAAAAGUCAUCCUGGCAACUCAACAGGACUACUUUUGCGUGGCUUGUUUCACUUCAUCGCUGGAAGGGUGUAGACUGUUUUCAGUGAUGAUGGUGGGAGUGCUUCUUGGUGCGUGUGUGUGAGGAGUGACGGCGCACUGUUGUUCUACGCGUUGCUUUUCUGCCUGCUGUGGCUUUGUUGAUUUUCGUUUUUACUUUGUGCACAUUAGGAAAAAAUUGCACUGGCUCUAGUUUUAACUAAGUUGUCUGCUGGCAAAAAAAAAUCAUUUUUCUUUUUGUCAAUGAUGCUGUCAUCAACUGUGCAACUCAUCGACCAAAAAUAAAUUGUCACAGGUGCACCAACUGUAAAAGAUGUUGCACACUGCUGGUUUGUCAAGCAGUGAAUUAGCUUGAAAGCAUGUUGAAAGAGAUAAAGUUUCCAGGGUUGCAGCUUCUCUCAUUUUUUUUUAAUUUUUUCCCUGCUGUCUCUACAUGAGUUGUCUUUGAACAUUAUGCAGCAAAUCAAAGAUUUUCUGCAUACCAUUUCUUUGUUAGGCAGCACAUCAACUUGGAAGCAUGCUGAAGGCUGUGUUAUUUUUAUGGCCACAAAUGUUUCUUUUUCUAAUAUGUUGCUCAAAGUGCUUUGAAAGUUUCUCUCCCUCUUUGACGGCUAUUUUUAAAACAUGCUAUUUUAAGCAUGUAGGUCCGUGUCAUUCAUUUAUGGCGCGAGUUUUUAAAGUAGAAGUAAUGCAUAAGUAUGCUGCUUUGCUUCGUUAGAAUGUUGAAGUACAGCGCUGCAGUUGUCACUGCUUGUUAGCUUUGGUUUUAUCACCCACUGGCCACCAGCAAGAGUCUUGUCUGAAAUACUGUGUGAUGCCAGGUAAAUUGAGGCUCCAAGACAGCAGUAGAUUGCAUCACAUAAAUUCACUAUUAUUGCUGUCUACGUCUUGUCCACUGCCUACACAUGGGGAAAGAAAAGCUUAUCUGUUUAGAACAAGCCCAUGGAAGAGCUUUUUUGGUUCUUACAUGUUUCUUCAGUCUGCUGCUAUGCGGGCCUCUGCACGAAUGAAGUUGUUGACUGUGAUCAAGUAAAGGUUCCCGGGAACACUGUUGAGGUUGUGACAGGGCCUGCUCUUCCUGUAUAGCAUGCAGUCCCUCUGCUGCGCUAUGGCAGGCACAGGGUGGCACAUUUCUACAAAACGCAGGCUGCUUGGAAUCCUUGCAAACUGUUUGACAUUGAAAAAUGGGUAUCACUACAAACACAUUGCUUUUAACUGAGCAGCAAUGAAUGCGUAAAAAGCUGCAUUAUCAAAAUCUUUAAAGUUUCUUGCUGUUUACUUCCUACUUUUCACGCAGCACAUUUGAAUAUGGGAGUUGUGCUGACCUAUUUCAUUGUGUAGUCAUAGUAAUGACUGCCUUUAGUGUAGGCAUCCCUAACAGAUUCACUGUCAAACAGCACUUUGCAUCUGUUGCAAAAAGCAAAAGCGCAUCAGUGUAUCUGAAUGCAUUCCAAUUUCUUGUAGAGAGUGCAUCAAAGCUGGCCAUCGUCCAAGUAUGGCGCGCUACCAUGCAGUUGCUGCAGCCCUUGAGCGAUGAAACUUGCUGGAUCAAAAAAAAAAAAAAUUUAGCGAGAGUUCUGCGUUUCUCUUCAUAAAUCUUCUGGCCUCAAUGCCAUUCCACUUGUAAUCGAGCUUUGCACAACAUGAAGCUGUGCACUACAUGAAUUCCUUCAGAAAAGGAGGCCUCUCUUGCAGCGUUAGGCUUAAAGCAGCUGUGUUCCUGUGUUCCUCGUGAUUAAACAAAGUAGAACUGGUGGCUUGCAGUAAAGGUCUUUCGUUGCACGAAUUCUACCAUCUAACACUAAUAUUCAUUUUAUGGAGUUCAUAAGAGAAGCCAUGACCUCUGAAUGGCGUAGACUCUGUUCAUUUGGAAGGCACAUUCAAGUGAAUGUAGUCUCUGCAAAUGACACUUUGCAGUAAUUCUUUAAAAAAAAAUUCUGCUUCUGUAACAUGAUUGCAAAACAUUACAAGGCCGUACAGUAGAUUGUUGAUGCAGCAUGUGACAGUUACCAAGGAUGCAUGCACUCGCUCCCUUGAAAACAUUCACAUUGUUAGCUGGAUAUAGGAUUAACACAUAAAAAACUUAUUUCGUCCUGUCGGGGGGUCACAUUCUGUCACAUUUUGAAGCAUGUAUUUGAGCAGAACCUUUCAUCCGUAGUAGCUAGGUUUACUUGUGUAGUUUUCCUUUCUUCCUUGUUUAUAUGUGUACAGUAGAUUGCACUUUGUUGUGGAGUAGUUUCUAAUAAGCAGUUGCGAAGGUCAGGCCCGGUUUACAUUGAUUUUUAGCACUUAAGUCAGCUACCACCUGCUAUUUUUCUUGGCCAGUGUGUCUGCGCAUAAUAGUGUAAUAUAUAAUGCACUGCACCUGAAGCACAUCUUGUUAUUAGUUUGCUUCAUGCGUAUGCUAUGCCGCCUUUUCUGGACAGUGUUGUUGUGCAACUGGGAAGACUAGUCAGGCAGCACAUUUGUGUUCUCAUGAUUUUGGUGUUGCAUUCAGCCAGAAUUUUUUUGUGCCUGCAUCGGCAGCUCGUAUGUUGAAAUGACAUGCAAAUGGUCUUUUAUUCUCCUCUUAUUUUCUCAAGUUUUAGGCGAGCCAUGUAGCAUAUAGAAAUAUUAAAUUAGUUUUUAUAUUUCGUAGACCACUUCAUGCAGUUAUAGAAUGUCAGAUGGAGCAAGUACUUCUAAGAUUCAUUUGCUAGAAAGCAAGGCACAUGGUAGAUUUGUCUCACUGAUGUGGUCACGAAAUUGACAAGAACAUGGGUAUUUAUAUAUUUGACAAAACUUGCAUCACAGAGUUCUCAUUUUCGAAUGUUGUGUAUGGUCAACUAUUGCCCAGGAUUAUGGGCACGCACAUUUGAGACUACUGAUCUUUCACCUUAGCACCAUUCUUUAAUUCACCAAGUUGUAAUGAGUGAAGCUGUUCAUCCAUAACCAUUUUUGUCAGAUGUAUAUUCAGCGCCCUUGACUUUCUGUCAUUGACAUUUAUGGAGAAUGUUUCAGUUAGCUGCUGUUCUUAUGCCAUUUAGGGGCAUGCAGGACAUGCAGAAUGUAUGCUUGUAUCGAAGAAUGUUCACACUGUCUAAGUUUGGGGCAUUUUUACCAUGAUUUGUCUUCGUAAAUCUGGAAAAGCUAUGAUGCAGUUGUUUAGUUUCCCUUUUCAGUGGAAUCGCUCAUUAAAGAAAAUAAUAAACAAGGAAAUAGUAUUGUGCCGUGUAUAUCAGGGUUCUGAUAUGAAGUUUGAUUGUAAGAUGGCUGAUCGUGUGACGUACAUGUAUGCUGGAACUAAGUCUCCUUGCUGCUGCAAUUUUCCCCUUCUCUCCCUUUUUAUUUCCAAUGUUUUGUUAAUGCACUUCUGGGAUGUGGUAUAUGCUUUUCUUAGGGAACAUUUCAGGAGGUGUUGAACACUGCUUUCAGUGUCAUUAAUAAAAUGAGGUGUGUAAUGCCUCUCUGCUUACCAAAGAAGCCAGAGCAGUCACAAGCACACUCUGCAAAGAGCUAAGAAGCAUAGAGGCAGCAAAAGUGCUGAUUGCAAGGCUUUCUGCCUGUUGAGGCUGUACAGAAAUUGAUUCAGUGACAAUGUUAUAUAAUGUGAGAGCAAUACAUUAUAGAAAGAAAAAGGAGUGGCAAAUCGUAGGAGCUAUAAUGAGCCCCCUUUUAUUUGUUUUUGUUUUUUCAUUAUUUACUACUGGUCUAGGAAUGGAAGCUAUGGGACAGCUCUGACAUGUGGCAUAUGUAUGUGUAAUGAACGAAUGGGUUUAGAAACAGUGGUCUGAAAUGCAAUGUUGAGUUUUGUACAGGAGCAACUGUGACAUGCUUGGGAGCAUUUGGGUGCUGUCCCGAUCGAGGGACAAGAAACAGUACGUCAGAGCAGCUGUGUAGCUCACAAGUGUUGCAUAUCACAUGUAGACAAGACUCGUGCUGAUGUCUUCUUCUUUCUUUUUUUUUUUUUCAAUUACUAGUUGAUCCUUCUUUCCUUGAGCCUGUUUUCUCCCCACUGCAAACUAUCAACCUGCAAUGCACAAGUGAUGUCUGUGUGCAAAGAUCUUGUACGAGUUGGCUGUUGCGCAGACUGUGGGCUGCCCACUAUUAUGUUUGGGCUCAUGUUUGGUGUUUUUGUUUUCUUUAUUGCAGCUGCUUCAUUUGUGUGUGGAAAUGUGGGCUGUGCUGCACUUCCCACAUUGGGCUGACUCAGGCUUUGUCUAAUUUAUUUGUGCUUGUUUGUGAACUUAUGUUAUUUGUUUUGCGCGACCUUGGUGAAUCUACAGCAACAAAGAGGGAGGCUUGUGGGGGCACAGCUGGGAUAAGCAGAGGGGCCUUGCAGCGCCUUCUCAUUCAUGUACGAUUCCUGUCCGCACCGAGACAGCCUGGUUCAAUUUGCGACCUAUCUAUGAAUCAAAUGCCGCCAUUUAUAGGUCUGCAUGUGCCAUGUAGAAAGCCUAAAUUUAUCUUCAUAGAAUUUGAGCUAUCGGAAAAGUUUUAAACAACCAAGGUGUGACUUAGUCCUUUGAAGUCACAGUCUGAGAGCAGAUCUGAGAAAUGCUUGCUGUGUUCAUCUAAUGACUGAGCAUUAUCUCUUAGAGAGAUAACAUGCUGUACGUGGUAGCCUAUAAACUUCUCGGCAUUUCAUUACACUAGGCAGAUGCAUAGUGUUCAUAAAUAUCAUCUCCAGGCCAGCUUUUACGGUCAUCCAAAAUACUGUGUGCACAGGAACUACAAGUUUAUUUUUGUUUGUUUUGUUUACAUAUACGGGUGAGCUCACAGUCUUCACAGUUUCAAAGGAAGUCUUGUUCAUUUUUGUACGACAUGUUGACUUACACAUGGUCUGUGUGUUUCAAGUAUGUUCCAUCAUUGUGAGUCACACUGAAAAAAGUCACGUGCCUUCACCAGUGUAUCAGUACACCUUGGGACUUAGUGUUGUGCUUUUUGACAAUUGAGGGUUUGUUCUCCUCAUUAUGGUGAAAUUAUUGUUUCUGUCUUUGACCACAGGAAUUGGCAAACCCCUGUAGACCAUCUCUUCUUGAUCCUAACCUGAUUUGUCACACAAGAACAUCGUUUUCAGAGCGCAAGCAUAGGUGUAGUUUUGUGUGCGUGUCGUGUGCAUGUUUACAGAACCUCGGGACAGAUCAGUACCACCCCGUGAAACAUAGUUGUAAAUACUGGUGUAUAUUUAAUGUUCAUGUCAGUGCAAACCAUCUACUUUACGCGCGUUUGUUUAUUUACCCUGCAUAGUUGGACUUGCGUUUUUUUAUUAUUAUUAUUAUUAUUAUUCUUGCAGCUUUAGCACUUGUUUUUUUAUUCUGUGGUCAUUCACAAGCACUGAGUUAACUGCUGCCCCUGGGUAGCAAAUGUAUGGUGCAGAGCACCGUGCGAAAUCCCAGAAGUGCGCUGUACAUUUUUCCAGAGGCUAUGUAGUAGGACUGCUGUCACGUACAAAAUGAAAAGUAUUAUACCUAUACAUGUUGCAUUUAUGUGCCAGCCAAUUCCGUAGGAUGCGCAUGUCUUCUGUAAUGUAUAAGCAAGGACCUUGAGUGACAAGUGGCAGCAUUGCGAUGUACCAAAGCGCACAUGACUGAGCUCCUGUGUGAAUAUUGAGAGAGAACUUUUGCUCUCGAAAAGUCAUAAUUUCUUUUGUAAAUAAAAUUAACAUCCAAGAAAAAGAAA